UCUCCCAUUUCUUCCCCUGUUUCUAAAUUCCAUACCCUUUUCUUUAACAUGGUGAUGGUGGGAAGGGAAAACUCUAAUCUCCCUCCAGGUUUUCGCUUCCAUCCCACCGACGAAGAGUUGAUCAUGUUUUACCUGCGAAACCAAGCGUUAUCUAAGCCCUGUCCCGUUUCCAUCAUCCCCGAGGUCGAUAUUUACAAGUUUGAUCCUUGGCAGUUGCCUGACAAAACUGAAUUCGGAGAAAACGAAUGGUAUUUCUUUACGCCUCGUGAUAGAAAAUACCCUAAUGGUGUUCGACCCAAUAGGGCGGCUGUUUCAGGGUAUUGGAAGGCUACGGGGACGGACAAAGCAAUUUAUAGUGGAUCAAAAUACGUUGGUGUGAAGAAAGCUUUAGUGUUCUACAGUGGUAAGCCUCCAAAGGGCAUUAAGACCGAUUGGAUUAUGCACGAGUAUCGAUUGAACGAGUCAAGAUCGCAACCCGCAAAGAAAAUUGGGUCCAUGAGGCUUGAUGAUUGGGUCCUAUGUCGAAUUUACAAGAAAAAGAGUCCCGGAAGACCUUUGGAGCAAAGAGAGGAAAAUACAAAUUCACAAAAUACCGCAACCGAUGAUCAUAACAAUGUCAUGGAGUUACCAUCAAUGAAAAUUCCGAGAACAUUUUCACUUGCUCAUUUAUGGGAAUUGGAAUCUUUAGGCCCGAUUUCUCACAUUCUAGGAGAUCACAACACGGAUUAUGACAACAAUGGUCGAACCGAAAGUGAAACCACAAUGGGGAUGAUGACGCAAUCACCUACGACGUUUAUUGGAACAGGACUCAAAGAAUCACACCCUUUGAAGUUUGAAGAUAAUCAUCAACACAGCUUAAACCAUACAAGUUUUUUUAGUCCGAUGUUUGAAUUCCAAUGAUUCUAUUGAACGAACUGACAUAGCAUGAUAAUGUCAAAAAUAUUGGGUUUCAUCCGAGGAUAGGAAGGGCAAAACGAAAUAUUUGCCCAUAAUUGUAAAAUAGGUCUGGUCAUAAAAGGGGGGGAAUAUCUCUUUAUUUAUUAAUAGUUUUAAUACCAAACCGAAAAAUAUCUAUUUUUCGAUUCGGGUAAUUUU